AUGGCUUCACAAUCAGCGACCAAUGGCAACCCUACCAAAGCCAAGAAGACACACCACAAUGCUAUCGUUGUUGGUGGAGGCUUCAGCGGUCUACGAGCACUGUACGAAGUUCAGAAGCAAGGAUACGAAGGGCAGGCUUUCGAAGCUGGAAGUGGCAUAGGAGGAACGUGGUACUGGAAUCGCUAUCCUGGCGCACGCACCGACAGUGAGAGUUGGGUCUUUAUCUUUAGCUUCCUCAACGAGGUUGGCAUGGAGUGGGUGUGGAAGGAGCGUUAUCCGCAACAAGCCGAAGUCGAAGAAUAUCUGAACAAGCUGGCCGACCAUCUCAAGCUGAGGGACAGCAUUCAGCUGAACACGACUGUCGAGGCGGCACGGCGUGAUGAGCAGCGGAAUCUUUGGGUUGUCAAAACAUCCGAUGGCAUCGAGCACACCUGCAAAUUCCUGAUAACUGGAACUGGGCCUCUCGCAACGCCAGUGGAGCCCCCUUUCACAGGACUUGCGAACUUCAAAGGAGAGUGGUAUCGUACAGGAACCUGGCCAGAUAAUAAAGUGUCAUUCGCGGGUAAGCGCGUAGCAGUCGUUGGAACUGGAGCUACCGGAGUACAAGUUAUCCCUAUCGUUGCCCAUAGCGCCAAGCAGCUUACUGUGUUCCAAAGGACUCCAAACUACGUUAUCCCAGGACGAAAUCAUCCCCUAACGCCAGAGCAAAUGAGCGAGAUUACGCGUGACUACAAAGAGAUUAAACUUCGAGCAUUGUCACAGGCCUGGGGUUUCGACAUGGUAGAUUCUCAACAAUUAUACGACAUGAUCAAGGAUGACUCGAACGAAGUUCAGCGGGUGCUAGAAGGCGGCUGGGAGAAAGGCGGCUUCCGCUAUUUCUUCGAGUCGUUCGCUGAUCUACUAACUGACGAGGAGUGUAACCGGACCGUGGCGGACUUUAUUCGUCGCAAGGUCAAAUCCGUGGUAAAGGAUCCGGAAACUGCAGAACUCCUCUGCCCGGACUAUCCUGUCAUUGCUAAACGUCCUCCACUCGGUCAUCACUACUACGAGGCCUAUAACAAGCCCAACGUACGCUUGGUAGAUGUUAGCAAGAACCCGAUUCAAGAUGUCACACCAGUCGGGAUCAAGACUGCAAACGAGGAGUAUGAGUUCGACAUGAUCAUCUUUGCUUUGGGUUUUGAUGCUGUAACCGGUACCCUCGCCAGAAUCGACAUCCGAAACGAUAAGGAUGAAAAACUUGGUGACGUUUUCAACCAGGACCUCCAGAUCAACCUAGGUGUUACUGUUCCAUCGUUCCCAAAUCUCUUCAUGAUCUUCGGCCCAACAAGCGCUUUCGCGAAUUCUCCAAUGAUCAUCGACAUAACCUCGGACUGGGUGGGGCAAACUCUCAAGUGGAUGAAGGAGAACAACAAGGACCGUUGCGAGUCAACGGCAGACGGCGCUCAGAAAUGGAGCGAUCAUGUCAGACUGGUCUACAACAUGCUCGUCAUUGCCAAACAUGCGGGGUCCGUCACCAAUUGGAUGGUCGGCAGCAAUGUGCCUGGCAAGAAUGUGACGCCGAUCUUCUACUAUGGUGGCGUUCCCGCUUUCCACAAGGCACUUACGACGGAGAGGGAGGAAGGAUAUCCGGGGCAUAAAUUCGAGCAACGUAAUACGUCCAUCGGAGCAGCAUAG